AUGUCACAGAAACGUAUUCGAGAGGAAAUUAAGCCCGAAAAUUCGAAAAAUUCACCGGUGGUGUCAAAAUGUUUAGCCAUUGUUUUGAUUCCCAAGUCUCGGAGGAAUUCAAAUUCUGAUAAAGUUUUCGACAACAAUGAAGCCGAUGAAACAAUUGUGGGUGUAAAUGAUGGACAUUCAGGUGAUGUUUCUGAAGUAGGUAAGAAUGUUUCUUGUGCAGGAUAUAACGGAAAGGAGUUAUUGCAAGAUUUUAAAGUUAGAAACAAAACAUGUUAUUGGAAUCCAUCUUUGGUGGAAAGUAUUAAAAGUUUAGAGUACAAAGGAUUCGUGGAACCUUCAACUAUUCUUGUCACUGGAACAGAUAUUCAUCUGGAGAAUCUCAGGUCGGCAUGGGGAAGACGUGUACUCAAAGCUCCUGCUGGAUUUCUUAUAGACAGAAUCGGUGAUGUCAACGGCAUUCAGAUGCAGGUGAUUCCGCAGACCCAGGUCAUGCCGUUGACGGAUGCUCUCUGCAACAUCAUCAUGGAUCUGAACCUGCGCCGUAUCCUGGCCACCCUGGAGAUGGUUCUGGAGAAGCUCAGCUUGUGGUACAAGGAUAUGACCGUGCCAAACCACCAGCAUGUCAUCAAUACCUUGGAUACGCUUAUCAAGGAGAGAAAGGUCUUCCAUAACGGUCCCGCGGCGGGAGACGAAGAGGCCGAACCAACGUAA